CCAGUAUGGAUGAUCGAGAAGAAGAAGUAGGCGAGUUUAGCGGAGACAACAGCGGCACCGUUUACAAAGCAUCCGUAGACGUUCGUUGAUCAUUUUGUAUGGUCUUUCAAAAACUCAACCUAACUUAAUAUUCGCUCAACACAGACGACUUCUGCCAGCACAUCGAGUAUAUCGGCGUUGACAAUUGACGGUUCAACGAACGAGCUACAACAGACCGUUUUCGGCUGCAAAAAGCCGCAGAGCUAGAACUGUCCAACGAGGGUCAGAAAUUUGUUACAGAUGUGGUUGCAAGAUACCAUAUCUGUAGCAAGCGAAAAACAUCUUCGCAGCAACUUGCCGAAUAUGCUUCUAUGAUAGUAGGCAUUUUUCGAAAAGAAAAUAAGGAUACUUACUACGUGGAAAGAAAAGGGAAUCCGGGCGGAAAACUUUACAGCCGCAUUAAUUACAUUAAACAAGCCGACCGCAAGAGGAAUAGGAGGGAAGAUACACGUCAGUCGGUGACUACCGAACUAGAAAACAUCGAACUACCGGAAGUGACGAACGCUAUAUCCUGGUUGCAACUGAAUCGUGCACCUUGGAACAGUGUGCUGGAUAACUUGCAAACCAGUUUUCCUGGCCGUCAAGAAUUACUUAAAAAUAAAAAAAAAGCGGCCAAGCUUUCAACGACGUAUCCACAUCUGGAGGACGAAUUUGGAUUUCCGCUGUUAGAUAUCGAUUAUCAACUACUCGGAUUUGGGGACCCAUCCGAAGGACAAGGAAAGUGGGCGCGUUUAAUAGAUCCAGUUAGAAAGUACAUCAGCACCUACGGAAAGGACAUUUCACUCUCAAUCUUAUUACCCGUUAUCCAUAACACCGACAAUUGACCAUACUUAAA